AUGCGGAAGGCUAUCAAGCGCACGGCUAAGGUUGCUGCGACGGCGCCGCGCCGAUCGCCGCGUCUCAACAAGGCAUUAGCACAGACGACGCUAUCCCGAGUUUUUGAGACUCGCUACGAAGCUAAAGGCUACACGACUGUCAUUGGCGUGGAUGAAGCCGGUCGAGGACCUUUAGCUGGCCCUGUGGUGGCAGCAGCAUGUCAUGUGCCUCUGGACGUGACGAUCGCAGGCAUUGACGACAGCAAGAAGAUCUUGGAGCCCCAGCGCGAGGCACUAUUCGAGCUAUUGACCUCGCACCCGAACAUCACGUACGCCGUGCACGUGAACAGCCCACAGCGCAUCGAUGAUAUCAACAUUCUGCAGGCAUCACUGGAAUCUAUGACCAAGUCGGUGAACGAAGUGGCUCAGCAACUACAGCAGAAAGACAAAACGUUCGUGCUCGUAGACGGCAACAAACUUCCACCAACUCUAGAACUGCCUGCAGAGGCAGUGGUCAAAGGUGACUCCAAGGUCUACAGCAUCGCCGCAGCUUCCAUUAUCGCCAAGGUCACACGAGACCGCCUCAUGCGCGAAUACGACGUGAAGUUCCCCCAGUACGGACUCGCGCAGCACAAGGGAUACCCGACGCGAGACCACGUAGCUGCCAUCGCCAAGCAUGGACCGUGUGAGAUUCAUCGCAUGACAUUCGCACCGUUAAAGCCUAAAGAGGCUCCCAAGCCCAAAGCGAAAGGCAAGAAGAAGUCCGCGUAA